GGUCAAAGUUCAUACCAAAGAACAACUGUACCAGCUUGAGGGAAGUCUCUGUGGAGAAAGCGUUUUUAAAUUGGAAAAGGAGAGAAGCAUUCAGGAAGUCAGGAAAGAGUCUCUUGCAGAUGCCACUUGUGUAUUCAUGAGGAAGGGAGGUGAGGAGGUAAGGAACAUUGUUUAAAAUGCAAGCAGGCUGUUUCUUCCACUGUUCUGUUCCUUCUUCUCCACCAAGAAUGAAUAAUUUUCAAAUAUUCUUUCAAAUGCUGCUAGCUUUGUUCCUGAACUCAGGAACCUCAGUACUCAUUCCUAAACCAACUUAACCUACCACAUUAAUGACUUAACAUACUCCUCCUAAACAUGGUUUACAUUAUCUUCAUGUAAUUUGGGUGUUUUCUUCUCACUUCCCUGCAAUUAUCACUUUUUUUUCCCUUCCUUAUCUGUAUUUGGCUUUUCUCUCCUCUCCAACUGCAAACUACUACUGUUAUUUCAAUUUUCCCCCUGUCAACAGGUUAUUUCACUUUAUUGGAGCAGUCUUCCAUGCCUUAGUCACGAUAGUGAGACAAAAGCAAAUUAAAGCCAUGAUGGACUCUAAGAAGAUGGUCAUCAACUUGGCCCUCUUUGGCAUGACUCAGAGUGGAAAAAGUUCUGCUGGGAACAUUCUUCUGGGAAGCACUGACUUCCACAGCAGCUUUGCUCCAUGUUCUGUGACCAAAGAUUGUAGUCUGGGCCGCAGCUAUCACCUCAAUGGCUUCAUGCGUCGAGCAGGGCAAGAGAUAAGCCUGCAAGUCCAGGUAUUAGACACUCCAGGUUAUCCACACAGCAGGCUGAACAAGGAGUAUGUGAAACAGGAAAUCAAGGAGGCCCUGGCACGUCACUUCCGGCAAGAAGGUCUUCACCUUGCCCUGCUGGUCCAGAGGGCAGAUUUGCCUCUUUGCGGACAGGAAGCAUCUUCCCCAGUCCAGAUGAUCCAGGAACUUUUGGGACAUGCUUGGAAGAAUUAUACUGCCAUCCUUUUCACCCAUGCAGAAAAAAUAGAAGAGGCUGGAUUCAGUGAAGAUGAAUACUUACAUAAGGCCUCUGAUACACUGCUAAACCUACUAAAUUCUAUUCAGCAUAGAUAUAUUUUCCAGUAUAAAAAAGGAAACUCACUUAAUGCACAAAGAGUAAAAAUCUUAGAAAGAAUCAUGGAAUUUAUAAAAGAAAAUUGUUACCAAGUUCUUACCUUUAAAUAAAAUUAAGAUGAAAGGAAAAGACCAUUGCAUUUUAGUGUCAGAACCUUUGGUUUCAACAGUGUCUUUGUUAGCAUGGGUGUGGACUGUUAGAAUUUCCAUGUUGUUGGUAAGAGUAUACAUUGGUAUUAACCUCUUUGGAAAACUGUCUGGUAGUUGAAAACAUAAAGGGGAUUCAAGAUAUCUAAGGAAAAUCUUAUGACACAGCAACUACACUCCUAAGUAAAUAUCUAACUGAAAUGUAUACAUUUGUGCACUAAGAGACAUGUA